GAGGUGGAGACUGUGUCCACGAGCUACACGGUCGCCCUCGCCAAGCACCUGCGCUCGAGCGGCGCCGUGUUUUACGGCGCGCACUGGUGCCGCUUCUGCGGGCUGCAACGCUCGCUCUUCGGGCGCGAGGCGGCGCGCCAGCUUCCCUACGUAGAGUGCGCCGCCGACGGCUUUGGGAGCGAGGCCACCCGCUGCCGCGCCGCGCCGGAGGUGCGCGCGUACCCGAGCUGGUCGAUCGGAGGCAAGUUCUACUCCGGCUACCUGCCGCUGCAAGAACUGGCCAAGCUCAGCGGCUUC